ACUGAGGUGGGUAGUGGAGUGACAAAUCAUGCGGCGGUCCUCUUUCGUAAAGGAAGGAUAAUCAUUUUUGUAUAUAAUUGAUGAACCUUGGAAUCAUGACCGGGAAUCAUGAACCCUCUGAAUUUUUCGUUUGUAACGGAUUAGGAGACCAUGUCGGGGAAAUCGAUACCUAAAGUACUUCCGCGUGAAGACGGAAGGAUAUUGCAUGGGAACAAGGUACCAAGUCGUAAAAGAUUCGUCUAUAUGAACAAGCCACCCUGGAUAAAAUGUGGGCGUGUACCGAAAGAGUGGAAUACAACUCGACCAUAUAAACACAACAUGGCACGAUAUUUGUUUGCUGCUUAGUACGAAAUGCAGUUGGUAGCUGAAACAAAUUCAUUUUAAAUUUGCCGAAAAGUAACGUUAUUAAACAUUAUUGUAUUUUCUUCACUGUGGAUUUAGCGCGGGACAAGUGAAUAUAGCUGAAGGUAAAUUGAACUUAGAAGAUGUAUCGCUCCCUGAUUCGUCGAGUUUCAUCCGUCGUCGAUGGCAUAACCAGAACCCAACAAAACCGAAUAGGCAGGGCCAUAGCAUCGAGUGGAUAUCGACGGAAAGAAACUAAUUCUCAUAAUGGCAACCUUGUUCGCUUCUCGUCUGAAACAGCAACAUCCCCAGUGAACCAGGAGAUGCCCAGACUUUAUACUUUGAACAAUGGAGAAAAGGUCUCUCCGACUUUUUCAAAAGAAGAGAUGGACAGCCGUAUAAUGAUGGUAAGGAAAUACAUGGAAGAAAACCAUCUCAGUGGAAUCCUUUUUACCUCAAUGCAUAACGUUAACUACUUCUCAGACUUCCUCUACUGUUCCUUCGGUCGUUCCUACGGCUUGGUCAUCACCGCUGACAAGGUAACGAGCAUCUCUGCAGGAAUCGACGCAGGACAACCCUGGAGAAGGACAAGCACUGGUGGUAACGUCAUCUACACCGACUGGCACCGGGACAACUUCUGGGUCGCCGUCCAGGAGGAACUGGCCAAUGUGCCUUCGGGAAAGAUCGGUUGCGAAUUCGACCACAUGACGCUGGACAACAUGGCGAAGCUGGAAAAGGCCGUUUCUGGCAAGGACAUCGUUGACGUCGGAACGCCCAUGAUGAUGCGGAGAUUGAUCAAGUCCGAUGAGGAGAUCGCGUUGAUCACCGAGGGGGCGAGGAUAUGUGAUCUCGGAGGAGAUGCGGUGGUCGGUGCCAUCGCAGAGGGGGUUGGUGAACACGAGGUGGCCCUCCGGGGUACUGAAGCAAUGGUCAUGGAGAUAGCUAAGUCCUUCCCUCAUGCAGAACUUAGAGAUACAUGGAUAUGGUUUCAAUCAGGUAUCAAUACGGAUGGAGCACAUAAUCCUGUGACAUCGCGCAAGAUUCAGAAAGGUGACAUUCUUAAUCUGAACACAUUCCCAAUGAUUGCUGGCUAUUACACUGCUUUAGAACGAACCCUGUUCUACGACCACGUCCCCUCUGAUCGACACAUGGUGGUAUGGGAGAAGAACUGCGACAUUCACCGACGUGGUAUGGCUCUCAUCAAGCCAGGUGUUCGAGUAUGCGACAUCGCAGCCGAGCUCAAUGACGUCUAUCGGCAGUACGAUCUUCUCAAGUAUCGGAGCUUCGGGUACGGUCAUUCCUUCGGUGUGCUGUGUCAUUAUUAUGGCAGAGAAGCAGCUCUUGAAAUUCGUGAAGACAUCAAGACAGUAUUGGAACCCAACAUGGUGAUCUCAAUGGAGCCUAUGGUCACCAUACCGGAAGGCCAGCCAGGCGCAGGAGGAUACCGGGAACACAACAUUCUGGUAGUCACACAAGAUGGUGCCCGAAACAUCACUCAUUUUCCGUUCGGCCCCGAACACCUUGUUGUGAAAAAGUGAUAAUCAUGCAGCACAAAAUGUAAUGUGAAUGUAUUGUCUUAUUCUAUAUGCAGUUCGAACGAUCGUGACUGUCCCAUGACUUUGUAAAAACGCAGUUUUAAAUGUUAUACAACGAUGCUUUCUAUUUGAACUUAACAGUAGUUGUUUAACAGUUUAAACACGUGUUUAAAAUUAUAUCUUAGGCAAUUAAUGUUUAAUCUUUGAUAAAUCUUCAAUGAAAUAAGCAUGGUUAUUUUAAACAUUUUCUGUAAACUAUGUAAUGUUCAUGAAGUAAACAGCGUUGUAUAACAAUUAAACUGUACGUUUUCAUUGUGUCUAUGAACCCGCGUCGGGGAUGUUUAAACAUGUGUAUACUUACAAUGGAGAUAUGUGUCGGCAUUAGCAACAUGGUGAGUUACAAUAUAUCCAGUAUAUAUGAAGGGAUUUGGCGAGAAAGUGUUGCCCGUUACAGCGAAACAUUAAUUCCCGCUACACAUAUUCAGCGAGUUAGAGGCAAACAGGGUGAAUAUAUAUUCAGGGAGUAGGCCUAUACUGUUGUAAACUCAUUUCAUUUUUUAUUAGGGGGCCUAUUAUAUAUAAAUUUAGGAUGUAAUUUAGGUUUGAGUAUAAAAAGUUUUGGAUCAACUUAGGGGGAAGUGGGGGGGGGGGGGGAAUUAGCCCAAUAAUCAAGGCCGUACGCCUAGGCAAGUAAAAUUUUUCGAAGAAUCUCGAAAGCAAGGGAGCGAAGUGACCGAGCUUGUCACUGGGGCACUGUUUGCAUUUUCAUUAAUCAUGUUAAUGACAUUGAAGGAUUUUUGUGCGCACUCUUGGUGGAUUUUGUGAAAAUUUUCACUAAAAAUUUAUGUUUUCAAAAUUUCGGGGGGGGGGGGGCAGCUGCCACUUCUGCCCCCUGGCCCCUGCUGCGUACGGCCAUGCCCAAGAUUAAAAAUUGAAAAAGAGGUAAACACGGUGAUGGGAUAUGGUGCUAAAAUUCCCUAUUCUAUUUAAAUCUCCCUUCGCAUUUAGUUUCACUCUUUCAUUUAGAAAUUAAUGAGUUCAUUAAUAAUGUUUCGAAACAAGCAUAACGACAGUCGAGGAGCUAUAACUGAUUGAAAUAUAGGGGAAGAGAAUGAGAAUUUAUUUCCAAUGUUGUACAUAAUCGUCGGACGGGAAGUUCAUAAUUAUAAUUAUGAUAAUUGCAUUCAUGGCAGCGCUGGUAGAUCUAUAACUACUAUUGAAUUAUAUACAUGUGGCUAUGUAUCAUAUUCUGCAUAUCCUCAGAUGAACUUGCUUAGUUGUGCAAAUAUAUCCGCUUCUAGGAAGUUAUUAAUGACAUUACAACAGCAAUUAUAUGACAAUGUUAUUCUGUAUAAAAUCAUGUAGAUAAAUCUAGAGAAAUAUGAUUGAUAAAAUUGUUUUUGCUUAAGUUGAACGAAUAGAGAAUAAGUGAACGAAAAAGUCAGUCAUGAAUUCUGAAUGCUGAGAAAUGUGAAAAAGAAGUGUACGUACGGCAUCAAGGUUUAUUUCCAAUUCCUCUAUCAUCAUUUGGUCUACCAUAUUCAGUUCGUCCACUGUCCACAUGGUCUAAUUUCCAAUUCGUCUACUCAUCAUUUCGUUUAAUAACCAGUUGGUCCAAUAGCCAUUUAGUCCAUUUGGUCUAAUUGGACUAAGUGUUAAUUGUACAAAAUAAAUGAAAAAGAAAUGGAUAUUUGACCAUCUGGUUAUGAGACGAAAUUGUAAUUCACGAAAUGGUGAUUAGACGAAGUGAUGAUUGGACAAAAUGGUUAUUGGACCUGGGUUGUUAGACAAAGUGUUGAUGGACGUAAUGGCAUUAGGCUUUAAAGGGAUGCUCCGGGCUAAGAAUAUUUAUAUCUAAAUAAAUAGAGUAAAAUUCACAAAGCAAAAUGUUGAAAAUUUCAUCAAAAUCCGAUAACAAAUAACGAAGUUUUGAAUUUUAAAAUUUGGCGAUAUUUUGUGAAAACAGUUAUAUGCACGUGUCAUGAAUAUUCAUUGGGUGGGAUGAUGAUGUCGAACCCCCACAUUCCUUUUUUUAUGUCAUUACAUGAAAUCAUAAUUGUUCCACUUUUUCAUACAUGUGUAAAUGACGUGUCUCCAUUAUGAUGAAAUAAGUUGCAGCAAUAAAUAACUAAUGCACUUAAUCGGUUGUCAGUCCAAUUAUUUUAGUUCUUGGUAGAAAUUUUUUGAAUACACCUAAUUUCAUAUAACAAAAUACAAAAUAACAGGUGGGGAUAAGACAUCAUCAGCCCACCUAAUGAAUAUUCAUGAAGACAUGCCUAGAACCGUUUCACCGGUAUAAUGCAAAUCUUUAAAAUGCAAUAACUUUGUUAUUUGUUAUCUGAUUUUGAUAAAAUUUUCAGCAUUUUGCUUUGUGAAUUAUACUCUAUUUAUUAAAGUAUAAAUAUCUUCAGCCUGGAGCAUCCCUUGAAUGAAAGUAGACCAUGUGGCGAGUAAACGAGUUGGCAGUAGACGAAUUGGCAAUUUACCGACAUAAAACUAAGUAUUUUUAAAAGAAAUAUCAAUAAUGAAUCGCAUACACAUAGACAAUAUGGCAAUUCGUGAGGACAAUGAAUAUGAAUUCUUUCAUGAAUAUAUCCUAUAUGAGAGCUAUUAUUGAUCACCAUCAAUGAAAAAGAAAAUAUUAAGAUUAGGGCAAGUAUACGAUUGGUAUCACCUUCCCUCCGAAUUAAAUGCAGCUAAGCUGUUGGAAUUACGUUCCAUUUUUUGUGUUCCCUGCAAAAGUGAUUAACAACGGUAAUGCCUUAUUUGAGUACCCAAUUUGUAUCCGAUUCUGAUUAUUUUGAAUGUCGUAACUGUACAUUUCUGUGUAUAUGCAUACAUAUUAUUCCAAUGUUUCUCAGGCUCUUCGUUUUGGUGGAAUCCAUUUAUUUUUGCUAUCGGAAAUCAUGUCGUAUAGAAAAGAAUACAGAGAAACUAUCGAAAAAUUA